UUAAUAGGUGUCAUCUGGCAACUAUAAUAUUGUGUCAAAACCCAAAAUUUAAAUAACCUAAAAAUAUGAGUAGGAACUAGGACCAAAAAUCGAGUAAGCGUGUGCUAUAUUGUAAGUUAUAUUUAAGUUUAUGUUUUCAACAAGACCUAUCGUGUUUUUAUUUAAUACAAAAAUUGUAUUCUGUUGUUACAAUGUCCCUAUUAUCGUUAUGUGAUAAAUAUAUUAUCGCAGCGAAAGGACGUCAGGUAGAUUGUUAUGAUUCUUGUAAUCAUUACAUUAUUGAAGCGCCUGUUGUAGGAAAAGGAGAUAUAAAUGAUAACAUAGUAGACGUUGUAGUAUCUGCAGAUGCUAAACAUAUGGCUAUAAUAACGUCAACAUCAAAACAACUGGUUGUUUACGACUUAGAAACAAGAAAAGUACGCAAGACUUAUACAUUACCAAGAAGUUCAAGCAAAAUAAGGUUCACACCCAACAAUAAACAAAUAUUAGUAGCUGAUAAAAGUGGCGACGUGUUAAAUUAUGAUAUUGAAAAUGAGAAGUCUGGCAUAAAACUUCUGGGACACUUGAGUUUACUGUUGGACAUUCUACAAACACAAGAUGAAAAAUAUAUAAUUACAUGCGACAGAGACGAAAAAAUAAGAGUUUCAAGAUAUCCAAACACAUACAAUAUUCAAACUUAUUGCCUUGGACACAGAGAAUUUGUAAACCACAUAGAAUUGCUACCUCAUAAUAAUAAAUACUUGACAAGUACAUCUGGAGAUGGUACAGUGAAAUUAUGGAAUGUUACAGAAGGAACACUUUGUUAUACCAUUAACACCAAUGAUCAUAGUGAUCAAGAACUUAAUAACAAUUUUAUAAAAGUGAUGGACAGUGAUGGAGUUGAAGUCAGUACACUACCAAUCGUUCAUUUUAGUAUAACUAAAUUAAAUAACUCUUGCAGCUUAAUAGCUUUAAGUUUAUAUAGUUGUGAAGAGCUACUUAUUUACACUUUACAAUCUUUAGACAACCAAUUUAGUCAUAAAUUGGAAAAUAGGUUGAAAUUAGAAAGCUUCCCUACCUGUGUUCAGUUUUUCAAUGGAAAACUUUAUAUCUAUAAUGACACAGACCUUCAUGUAAAUGUCUAUAAAUACUUAUAUGAAAAUGAAAAAAUAAGCUUUGAACUUAUAGAUAACAUUAAAAUGUUUGAUAAUUAUAAGUCCAUAGAUAACACUGUAACCAGUUGUUUUGAAACAAUUAAGGUGUUGUAUAAGAGAAAAUUUGAUAACGUACAAGAAUAUCAAGAGAGGAAAAAACAGAGACUUGAGAAAAUUGCUAAAUAAAUGUAAUAAAAAUAUAAUAUUUUAAAAUACA